UCACCGUUCCAGCUCUCUCUCUCUCUCUCCCUCUCACUUCUGAAUUCUCAAUUCCUCGCCGUGAAACCCUAAUUAACACUCCGCCGGUACCAUCAAACCGCUUAUUUUCGCCGGAACUUGCCCUUUUCUUCAAUCUCCGGCGGUUCUCUCAGAUAUUGCAUUAGAAUGGAACUCCUCAGCGUCGAACCUCAAGAGCUUCAAUUUCCAUUUGAACUGAAAAAGCAGAUCUCAUGUUCUAUGCAAUUGACGAAUAAGACAAGUAACUAUGUGGCUUUCAAGGUGAAGACGACAAAUCCGAAGAAGUACUGUGUGCGGCCUAAUACAGGAGUUGUCAUGCCCAACUCUACUUGCGAUGUCGUUGUUACUAUGCAAGCACAAAAGGAGGCUCCUCCUGAUAUGCAAUGCAAAGACAAGUUCCUACUUCAAAGUGUGGUCGCAAGUCCUGGAGCCACAACAAAAGAUAUCACUCCAGAGUUGUUUAACAAGGAGUCAGGGAGUCAUGUUGAGGAGUGCAAAUUGAGAGUUGCUUAUGUUGCACCGCCACAACCACCAUCACCUGUGCGUGAAGGAUCGGAAGAAGGUUCUUCACCUAGGGCUUCAGUGUCAGAUAAUGGGACUGUGAAUGGAACAGAGUUCAAUUCUGUCGCAAGAUCCUAUGUUGAGACCCAAGAAAACUCAUCUGAGGUAAGGGCCCUUAUUUCUAAGCUGUCUGAGGAGAAAAAUUCUGCUAUUCAACAAAAUAACAAGCUUCAGCAAGAACUGGAUCUAUUGCGGCAGGAUGGUAACAAAAGCCGUAGUGGCAUUCCAUUCAUAUAUGUUGUUAUUGUUGGCUUGCUUGGCCUCCUUCUGGGGUACAUUAUGAAGAAGACAUGACCGAUGGAGUUUUGGCUCUUAUUCCUUUGUGCUUGUUGCUGCUCCAGCUAUUUAAAAGAUUUUAGAACAAUGAAGACGUGUGACUGAUUGAGAGGCCAUUUGUAUUGUAUUAGCUGUCUUUCUCGACUCUGGAAAACAUGGUCAAACGGGUUUUGAUGGGUUUUGCACAUGCUUAGGUGAGCUCUAAGAUCAUCCAUUGUGCGACUAACUGCUUUGACGUACCUAUUUUAGUAACAUUAGGAUGGUGUAUUUUGUUAGCAUUAUAUUUUCCUCUUCUUUUUUUCCAUACAUGAAGCUGCAUCACAAUAGUCAAUUGGCUCUCAGAUGGAUGGCAUGGGUAAGUGGCAGACCAGUUCGGUGUAAUAAGCCAAGUGCAAGCUUUCCCUGUUCUGCAAAAUUGGGACGCUGUUUAUUUUUUUGGGUACUAAUUUCUUGAAUCCAAACUGACGUAUCUGGCUUGUGAUUGCUAGUUAUUUUUAACUAAAAUCACAAUUUGAGCUGUUUUUUUUUUUCAUUGGAUUAAUAAGAUCAAUUCCUUGCUUAUUUG